AUGAUCAAACCUCCAACUAUGGGCGUGUUUGCCCGCGACCCUCCUCCGACGACUGGCAAGGGUGGCGUCGCGGCAGCAUCCUCAUCUUCAUCCUCGUCCAGCUCUCACCUACAGCUUCUCCCACAAGACCUUCCCCCUCCACACCAAGGUUCAUCCCAUCCUGCUGAUCUGACAGCAUCAGACCCACUGCAUCCCGAUGAUGAAGCAGUGCAGGAUGAUGACGAUCAAGGCACCGUCGACGAAGAGGCUGGUGUGAUUCGCUGUAUUUGUGGCUGCGACGAGGAUGAUGGCUUCACCAUCCAGUGCGACCGGUGUCUCGUCUGGCAACAUUGCGCUUGCUUUGGCAUGUCACAGGCUUCCGUCCCUGACGAGUACCUCUGCGAGCAGUGCUCCCCUCGCCCCGUCGACAUUGGUUUUGCUCAGGCGCAUCAACAGAAGCGCAAGAACAACGAGGCUCGAAAGGCGCUCAUGGAUCGCAACCUCAAACGCCAAGCACAAGCACUAACUUCCAACAACGCGUACAACCAGCCCUACGUCGUCCAAGAUGCCGUUGCCUCGCCUACGUCCAGCACGCACCCUCCUUCUUCCUCUUCCAUAACCGUCGACGAAUCUUCGUUUGUCGUCCACCAAAACGCAGGCCUGGCACCGCCGCCAACAACAGCAGCACGUUCGCGCAAGCCCAGCCAGGCUCUCGACCUCUCCAACACCCAGUUUGUCGUUCCAGAAGUUCCUGCCAGCGCAGGCGCAUCAAGCAGAGGCGCAAAGCAGCGCAAAGGCAACAAAGGUUCUCGCAGGGGUUACGACACUCCUUCUGCCGUCUCAACUCCCGUCCGUGGCGUCUUUACUCCCGGUAGCUCGCACGAACGCACGGAUGACCCUUUCGACCUGGCAGACCAACUCGAGGCAUGGCAUGUCGAGUUCACGCCUAUCGCCAAAAACAUGGUCGCCGAUCCUUCAAUCCUGCAGAAUCUCGCCCUUGCCAUGCUCGAUUGGGAGGACGGCAGUCCGCUCAAAGCAGCUCCUGGUCCAACAGGUCGUGUCAUUGUCCCCACAGCUCCCCGCAUCUCCAAAUUCUCGCAUGCCGACCUUCAUGUGCCCUCAUCAUCCGUAUCCUCUCCAACGUGUUCAUCACCCCGCGCUCUCGAUUCACCCAGUCUAGAGCCUGACUUCACUGGCAUCUCCGCCGUCGGCCAAGAGUGCGUCCCUAUCGAGCUCACUGGCCCCUCCUUGGCUGACCUUGCCUGCAGAACCUAUGUCAGACACAUCUCUGAGUCGGCAUCGGCAGGCGUCUUCAGCAACCUCCUUUACGUCAAUAGCUCGGCAGACGAGCCACAGCGCGGAUGGUGUGCUUCGCGCGCUUUCUCGAGACCUGUCAUGCACGGCCUCUUCGCCGAUGGCUCCAUCCCAGCGGGUGCCUUCAUCUCCGAGCUCCGCGGUGAGCUCUACAGCGCCGACGCGUAUCGCAACAACCCCAUCAACCAAUAUGCUGCUCUGGGCGCCACCAAACCCCAUGUACACCUCCUCCCGCCCCCACUCAAUCUCGCCAUCGACGCUCGACGAUACGGAAACGAAGCCCGCUUUGCCCGAUUCAGCUGUCAUCCCAACGCUGUUCUUCGCCCCAUCCUUUUCUACCCCAACGGCCAACCACUUUGUGCUCGCUCUCGCACCAGCUCCAGAGCCCAGUCGCCCUCUCCUGCCGCUCCCUUGUCCGCACGUCAGAACAGAUACGCAGACACUCCACCGGCAGAGUCCCGGAGCGAAGAGCCGCAGCUCCUCUUUGGUCUGUUUGCUCUUGUCGACAUUCCUCGGACGCACGAGAUCACCGUGGGUUGGGAAUGGGAUGAUGCACACAUUGUCCACUUUUUGCCCGAGCUGGUUCAGAACCCGUAUCUAGAACCUCGCCAUGGCGACGUCGAUGCCGACCAGCACACUGCCAACAUGGUCGCUUUAGCUGAAAAGGGCGAGUUCCCCUAUGCUGACACCGACUUCUCGAUCAAGAUGAGCACCGUGGCUGCCGCGCUUCUCGGUUGCGUCCUGUGCGCCUGCAUAGGCUCGGCAGCUCCCCCUGGAGGCGGCGGAGGUGCCAGUGCCAACAACGGCCGCAAGCAGGACUGUGCUGUCGCUCAGAUGCUCAGGGUCGGAAACGGCAUGUCGCUUCUCAACGUCACUAUGCCGGGCAAGAACAAUCGCAGAGCAAAGCUGCCGGACUUUUCACCGCUCGUCGGCAUCCGCAGGCAUUGGAGACCCUUCAGCUUGCCGCCUACCCCAGACACGUCGGCCAAGGACGCGGCGUCACCUGCGGAUCCGGCUCUGCUCGCCGCUCUAGCAGCUGAAGGCAAGGCUCAUGCGAUCCGACUGCUGGACGACAUGGAGCUCGAAGGCGAGGCAGGCUGUGGAGGCAACGAAGCCCUGGUCAAGCGCAGCACUGGUCGCAAAGGCGGAAGGAUGACGAAACAACGGCAGCAUCGCAAUGACACAGCCGACUCUGGCUCAGAUCUAGAACGUACCGCAUCCGACUCGGAGGACGCUGAUGACACGCGUUCCAUCGCCUCUUCGCUCACCGACCCCCUGUCUGGCCUGAGCGACAACGAGACGCUCGGCGAGGACGAGGACCAAGAUCUGAUGGACGCCAUGCGCGCCGCAAGUGGCUUGCAAUCGCGUAGGCGAUCCGCCAAGGGAGGUGAAGCCAGCGUUGUGGACACCGAACUGUCAGGUUUGUUCCUACUGCCACCCAAGAAGCGUUCCAUGCGCACGCGCAUCAAGGCAACCAUGGCGCCUUCUGACGAUGACGAGGCUACGGACCGAGAUGAUGCGCACGAAGAGGACGACCCUGUGCCGGCGGUCAAGGCGAUCAAGAAGGCUAAGGCAGCUUCAAAGCGCAAAGGCAAGCUCGAUACUGGACGAUCUGGCGUCGAUUUCUCCACCGACGUAGAGCAGGAGCAUGGCCAUCACUCUGCAGCAACGCCGGCCAAGAAGCGCAGAAAGUCUGGCAACAUCGCGGAUCCCAGCUCACCGCUCUCUUCCUUGCCGUCGCCCAACUCCGACCGCCCAGGGAUCAGCCCGCCUCCGCCUGUGCCACGCCUGUCGGCCAAGCAUCGUCUGGAGAACGAGAGACGCAUGUCGGACGUCGAGUUGUCCAAGAAGAAACGUGCCGCUAAGCGUGGACGCAACGGCAGUGCCAAGGCUACCGAACCUCGUUCCAAGGAGUCGGCAUCCAAGCGUCGCAACAGAGAGGAGGCACGCAUCCAUCGCAAUGCUAUCCUUGAUCUUGGUGACACUGAAUCGAGCGAAGAGCACAUUUCGGAGGACGACGACGAUGGUCAGGAAUCGGACAGCAAUGAGCACGGACGUAACCAAGACGCAGACGUCACAAUGGCAGAGAUGGACAGCCGAGCAUCGACACCGCGCGCAUCACAAACGAAUGCCAAACCUGCUCGCCAUACGCCUGAGGCGAGCGUGUCAAGCAAAGCGAUCAAGAAGGAGAGGCUCUCCACACCCACUGCAGCAGACGAUCGCAAGUCCGCGUCACGCAAAGAUACCCCCACCAAGACCAAGAAGGUGCGACGCAUCCUAUCCGAUUCCGACGCAAGCAGCGACGAAGCAGAUGUCGACCGCGCAGCUUCGACACCGACUACCACCGAUAAUCAAGCUGCUGUCGAGUCGAACAGUGGUGCAGUUGAUUCCAAGGACGCCGAUGCACAGCCUAAAAUGGAAGAUGAUAAAGCGAUGGCAGACCGUGCCGGAGACAAGCAAGCAUCUGAUUCUGUUCCGGCCCCUGCUCCUGCCCCUGUACCCGAGGUCAAGAAGGAGGAGCCCAGAGUCAAGCUCUCUUUGGCUGAAUACAAGCGUCGACUCGCUGAACGCCGGGUAUCUGAGCAACAAAGCGCGAAUGUCUCGACGCCUCCUCUUACUCCAUCCCUCGCCACGCCCACUUCGGAAUUCGCGCCGUCGCCUUCGCCGGCACUCGAGAGGAGAGAUCCUUUGCCGACUCUCGCUCUUCGAGCGCAAGAGCCAACGCUCACCACCGCCCUCGCCGAGACCAUCUCUACUCCCACGAGUAUGGCCCCACCCACACCAACAACUAACGUACCUGAUGCUGCUGCUGAGACAAACAAGGCGUCAUCAGCAGCCGUUCCGCGAGGCGUGCUCUUUACAUCCAUCUCGGCACCUACAGCCAUUCGCUCGGUGGAGAUUCCAAAGUCGCCUUCGCCAGAGCCCACAGCAAGCUUGUCCGCGCAGCAGCAACAGAGUGGUGUCGUGCCUGCAGCAGCUGCUUCAGCUUCGGAGGAGCCGGGCACCACCGUGGCCACCCAGUCUGGUGUGGCCUUCAGCACAAGCGGGUCUGCGUCGUCACCAACAUCGGCCGUCAGCGCCUUUGCCCCGGGAGGCUCCAGUGCAGACGGGCCUGCGUUGCUGAUGCGCUUGGAGACGCGUCGAGCCGGAGCUCCCCCUGCGCCCCAGCAACCAGGUGCUGUCGCUGGCGACAAGGACGCACAGCAAGUCGGUUCAGGAAGCAGUGUCUCUGCAGAUGCAGAUGCACUUGCCAAACCCAUCACGGCCAGCACAGGUCAACCGUCCAAUGCACCCGCCCCCGGAACCGCCGCGGCCAUCGCUUGGGGAUCAGCAUCAUCCACUUCGACGCCGUUGCGAUCGCCUUCGCUGGGUCCGACGCGAGCUCAGCCAGGCGGCCGCAUGCCACCUUCGCCAUCGGGCUUGUCGACGACGUUCAACCCGCCCAAGGCGCCUCGCGCGUUCAUGAGUCCCCCCGGCGCAACGUUGCCGCCUCCUUCGACCAUGCCUGCCUCUAGCCAUCACGUUCACAGCGUCAGUACACCUGUCGCUGUGUCGACUCCUGCACCUGCCGCAUCGCCUGCCGUCACAUCGACGCCUGCACGCGCUGGAAUAGCUGGAGUUGCGGUGGGAGUGGGUAACACGCCGUCCACGACCAGCUCUGCCAGUUCCUCGGCAUCUUCACGCUACCCGUCGCAUGGUCCAACUUCGCCCACGCCCGUCUCGACCGCAUUGUCCCCGUUCAACAGCAGCAGCUCCGCUGCGGGGUAUGCGCCACGCAACUAUGCCGGCGUGCCCAAAGGCCCAGCGAGUAUGCGUGAUAGCGAUCCACGGGCCGAUGCCUGGGCGGAGGCACGGGAGGCACGCGAAGCUCGAGAUGUGCGCGGCAGCGGCAGCGGCGGCGGCGAGUACGCCGGCCCGCCGCUACGCCACCAUGAUGCUGCCAUUCGCGAAGGCGGCCGUGACAUGGGCUGGGGCGAACGAUCGCGGGAACCUUCUGGCAUGGCUGAGCGCGAAUCACCAGUGCGGGGCGGCGGAUGGGGUCGCGAACGCCGAGAUGUCCCACAUCCGAGGGCCGGGUAUGGCCGAGACGAACGAUACUUUGGCCGCGAUGACCGCGACGUUGCUUCCACUCUGAUAGGAUCGGGCGGCGGCGGCGGCAGUACCAGCGUUGGCAGCGAUCUCGGCGGCGGCAGCGGCGGUGGAGGAGCCGGUGGAAGCAACACAUCUGGUGCUGGACCUGGUCCGGCUGAUCGACUCGACCCACGGUCGCAUCCUCACUCGCACCCGCAUUCUCACCCGCAUGCUCCUCCACACUAUGCCGCUUAUCGUCGCCCUUCAGCCACCGAGUAUGACGACGCUGUUCGAGGACCUCCUGCCGUGCCCCCGUACAACCGAGCCUCUGAUCAUUACAACCGCGGCAUUGGCAUUCGUGGUCGAAGCUUGGGUCUCGGUGGCGGUGGUGCCUCCUCCAACCCCACACACGCCCACGGCAACAGCGGUGCGCUUGGAGGUGUUCAGCGCCCGCCGGCUGCAGCAGGCAGUGUCGGCGGCGGCAACGGCCUACGUGACCCUGCGCGGGGAGACUAUGGAGACUACGACGACAUGGGGAUGGGGGUUGGACCGCCGGGCGGUCACGCACCACACGCACGCGGUGGCUUCCGGAGCGCAGGCGGUGGUGGUUGGGGCGGCAGAAGUCGCCCCCGUGGUGGCGCUGGCUCUGGCAGCGCCGGCGGUGGAGGGGGUGGUGGAAGAGGAAGGGGCGGUUGGAUGCGCUGA